CCACGUGUCGCCCUCUCCCCUUACAUCCUCGGGUGAGCCUAUUACUGUCCUUCACCCACUUGUAAACAGCAGCCUCACAUUUUCAACGAAGACAUCCAAAUACCGAGUCGCCAAAGCUCCAAUCUUUCGUCGAAAUUUCUCGAUUUCUCCUCUGAAUCAGUGAAUACACAAUAAUGAGUCGUCCACAAGAACCACACCGACCGUUCUUCCAUUUCGGAAAUCCCUUUAAGAUGAUUGCACCAAAGGGUUCCCAGCUGUCUCCAAGGCUUCUUGGACUGUUGAACACUUUUGAGGAAACAUUAGCUGGGAGGCUAAGAAAGCUUAACCCAAAAGACAAGGAUGAUGUCCUCAGCUUGUCAUGGAUGAAAUUAGCUAUGGAGUCUCUCUGUGGAACUCAUAAUGACAUAAAAUCUCUCAUAGCUGAAAUCGAUCUCCCUGUGAGUAACUGGGAUGAGAAAUGGAUUGAUGUGUACUUGGACAUCAGUGUGAAGUUGCUCGAUGUAUGCAUUGCUUUUAGCUCUGAGAUCUCACGUUUAAACCAGGGGCAUCUUUAUCUUCAAUGCGUCUUGCAUAAUUUGGAUUCAACUUCUUCGGACCAAUUUAUUCGGGCCCGUUCUUCACUUGAUGGAUGGAGGCAUCAUAUUGGUUCAACAAACCCCAGAGUUGAGAACUGUAGCACCAUUUUGGACAAGCUUGUGGAAUCCCUUGACCUUCCGAAGGUUAAGAACUCAGCAAAAGGGAAACUUUUGAUGCGUGCUAUGUAUGGAGUUAAGGUGUUGACAGUAUCUGUUUGUAGUGUCUUUGCUGCCGCCUUUUCUGGUUCCGCAAAGAAGUUGUUAGACUUGAAUGUUGCAGAGACAUAUUUGUGGGCACAAGCGUUUAACGAUUUACAGGGUAAUGUAAAUGGGGAAAUUAGAAAUGUAUUUUCUAGUGGAAGAGUCAUGGUACUGAAAGAGCUGGAAGCAGUUGAUGAUGUUGUUAAGGAACUGUAUCCCAAGAUCCAAGAUGGCGUUGGCCUCGCUGAAGGGAACACAUUCAAGAAUUCUGUUUCAGACCUGGACAGGAAGGCGCAGAAACUUUCUCAAGGGCUAGAUCUUCUUACAAAAGAAGUGGAUGGCUUUUUCCAAAUCCUUUUAGCAGGACGUGAUACAUUGCUUUCCAAACUAAGAUCAGGUGGAUCAGUCUCAGAACGGAUGCUGACGGGAAAUGUGGAAGGUCGGUUGGUGAGAUGAAUGAUGAUCUUAGCAAGCCAACCUCUCUUAUAUAUAAAGAUGGUUUUAGGUAUGGGGUUUUAUGUUUUCUUAUUUUUGUUAGUAUACGAUCGUGUAUGGUUUGUAAUCGGUAUGUUGUGAGUUAUAGUAGUUAUAUUAUUAUUGUACUGGCGUGUCUAAGUGUAAUGUUGUACAAUGGAUUGCUAAUGAUAUAUAAAAGGGUUUGGUUUGAAA